AUGAUACUUAAUGUACUACUGGAUUUGCUCUUCAGGGGUUUCCUGGCCUUCCGUUUCCUCUUCAGGGGUGACGGGGGCAAGCUCUUGGGUCUCCUGGCCUUCCGUUUCCUCUUCAGGGGUGACGGGGGCAAGCUCUUGGGUCUCCUGGCCUUCCGUUUCCUCUUCAGGGGUGACGGGGGCAAGCUCUUGGGUCUCCUGGCCUUCCGUUUCCUCUUCAGGGGUGACGGGGGCAACCUCUUGGGUCUCCUGGCCUUCCGUUUCCUCUUCAGGGGUGACGGGGGCAACCUCUUGGGUCUCCUGGCCUUCCGUUUCCUCUUCAGGGGUAACGGCGGCAAGCUCUUGGGUCUCUUGGCCUUCCGUUUCCUCUUCAGGGGUGACGGGGGCAAGCUCUUGGGUCUCCUGGCCUUCCGUUUCCUCUUCAGGGGUGACGGGGGCAACCUCUUGGGUCUCCUGGCCUUCCGUUUGCUCUUCAGGGGUGACGGGGGCAAGCUCUUAGGUCUCCUGGCCUUCCGUUUCCUCUUCAGGGGUGACGGGGGCAAUCUCUUGGGUCUCCUGGCCUUCCGUUUCAAUCUCAUAGUACUACUGGAUUAUCGGAUAUUCCGUUUCCUCUUCAGGGGUGACGGGGGCAAGCUCUUGGGUCUCCUGGCCUUCCGUUUCCUCUUCAGGGGUGACGGGGGCAAGCUCUUGGGUCUCCUGGCCUUCCGUUUGCUCUUCAGGGGUGACGAGGGCAAGCUCUUGGGUCUCCUGGCCUUCCGUUUGCUCUUCAGGGGUGACGGGGGCAAUCUCUUGGGUCUCCUGCCUCUCCUGGCCUUCCGUUUCCUCUUCAGGGGUGACGGGGGCAAUCUCUUGGGUCUCCUGGCCUUCCGUUUCCUCUUCAGGGGUGACGGGGGCAAUCUCUUGGGUCUCCUGGCCUUCCGUUUCCUCUUCAGGGGUGACGGGGGCAAGCUCUGGGAUCACCUGGCUUUUCACGGUGAUUGUUAUAAAUGA